CCAACCGCCCCAGCAAUCGUCCACGCCGUCUCUCAGCCAGCAGCCAUCAGUGAACACACUGUCCAUAACCACAACAACAACCACAGUUCAACAGGAGAGUCUAGCUGUGUCAGCUGACGUACCAGCCGCGCAUGCGCAAACGCAAUCAGCUGUUGUAGCGACACCGCUUCAAGGUCAACAGGCGGAUAUGACUGACAUGUCAACGCCGAUGUUGAGCCAACAACCGGAAAUGACAACACCGAUGCUGAGUCAGCAAACGGAAAUGACGUCAGCGAUUGUGGCGACAGUCGCUCCAGUUCAGCUGCACGCUGAGACGCAGUGCGGAAGUGACGACAACGAUUCACAGCCGGCCAUUGUUGUCGAGAAGAAGUCACAGGGAACGUCACCAGUGUCAUCUUUGAACGGAUACUCUGGCGAUGAAAUGGAAGGCACGAGUGAUUGCGAAGUGGCCGAUGAGUCGCAGGACGCCACUUUCCAAGACGCGGGCAACCAGACAGAAUCUCUGUCACCAGUCGCCGACCAAGGACCCGCAACCCCAUUGACAACCAACGGCGAUUCAGUUGACGCAACUAGUUGCUCAACGGUUGCAGACAAACUCGAAACGAUCGGUUGCACAACGGCUGAAACUAGUUUUGCUGGCAAAGUCGAAACUAUCAUUUGCAAACCCGUUGAAAACAGUUGCUCAACGGUUGCAGACAAGACGGUUGAAAACAGUUGUUCAACUGGUGUCUCAAAACAGUCAACUAGUUGUUCAACGGUUGAAGCAACUGUUGACGACACAAUGCAACUGAAUGGACUAGAGCUGUUGUCGUACAGCAUUGAAAAGUUUGCAAAACGUUCCACGUCUGCAACUGUUGAUAAUCAAACUGAUUGCAAUCAAGUUGCUACAGAAAAGGUUGCUUCAACUGAUACAGUCAACAGUGCAACGGUGAAAACUGAGAUUGAAAUGCUCGUGCUGGAAGAGGAUCUUAAGGAAAGAGGGGAAUCCCUCGCAGUUUCCAAACUGGUGCCAGAUGAGCGUGAGGAAGAAACAAAGGACGUUUCAAGUCGUAAAUUCGAUGGGCUGAGCCUUCUGCUGUCUGCUGUGGAGCACCAGAAGGAUGUGGAGCCCGAAUUGAUAUUGAAACCGAAGAAGGAGUCUUCAGUCCCUCAUCGGAGAAUGAUGCCCAAAUAUGCCAUAAAACCUCCCAGGGAAUCAACAAGUGCAGUGUGCACCGUUACGCAACCCUUCAAACCGACAGAGACCGAACAUGACGUUCGCCGACUGAUAGCCGAUCAGCCCUGUGAUAAGGUGGAGCAAAACAUGAGAAGUCAGCUAGCAGAAAUACAAAAAAAAUACCGCGAGACAAAGCGGGAGCUUUCAAAGCUGUCUCCGAAUGCGACGCGGCGGUUGAUGAGAGGCAAGCGGACAUCGCGCAAGGGAUCAUCGGGAAAGAAUUCGUCGGCCGAACGACGGGAUACGUCAAGCGAGAAGGAAAAAUCAUUGGAGCGCCUCCGCUCCGCAUCGCCCAAGACGAGAGAGGGCGACCUGUCCCCACCGGUGCUCGAACCCUGGAGCGCCCUGCCACACUGUUCCGACUCCCGCAUUCCCCCCGUUCUCACCCCCAGCUCCAAUCAGCUGACUGCUUCCGCACACACUCCCCGGACACCGCGACGUGAAUGGACAGACGAGCGCGACCUAGCCUGCAAGUCACCUCCCACUCUUUCUCCGGUCGCUUCUUCUUCCUCUCUCUGUCCUCCACUUCCUCCUCUUCUCACCCUCAUUCCUCCUCUUCGAAGAAACGUCGCCAAAUGGGCAGACCCAAGAAACGCGACGAAAAUCAUCACCACCACCAUCAUCAUCAUCGUGAUGACAGCCCGUCUGCAAACGUCAGCAAAAAGGCGCGCUGUUCCAAGAACGCGUUGGUUGGUCUACUGCUCGGUCCCAGUGCUAAGAAUAGGCUUGCGCAGAUGGCUACUGCGCAGCAUAGCAGUAGUGCUCCUGUCACGGCUGCUACUGCUACGAACGAUGCAAACAAGCCGCACAAGAUACGACCCAAGUUGAAGGCUGAAGUUAAGAUGAAACUGUGGAGCGAAGAAGAGGACGGUAUGGAAUGGACCAACAUCAGUGAAGAAUCCAAGAUGACAUCUCCACUGCACAUGAAAUUCGCGCACAGAAGGUCAAGUGUGCCUCCCGAGAACCCUCUUGCUAGUCCGCAACAAGUGACUCCAGUCGUUUCAAAGUCGUCUGGGAAUGGCAUGAGACGCCCAAUCAAAAGCAAAUCUCUUCCCGGAAGCAUCAUUCAGGCGAAAGCAAAUAAAGUGGCCAAAGACAAACAGCAGGCAGCUCCAGUCAUGCAUAAACGAAAGAGCCUGCCAGCUAUGCCUUCAACUUCCAAUCAGAAAACUUCGGAAAUUUCUCCCAAAUGCAUCUCAACUCUUGCUGAACUUGAUACAGUGGAGUGUCGGCUGACUUUGGCCACCCUGGAGAACGAGGGAGGUCUACCCUGUCGAGUUCUGGUGGCGAAGGGAGGUCUGCUGUAUGCGGGAGAGUUGGCCGAGAUCCAGGCACCUGACCUCUAUAGCAUCACCCUGGAUGGGGAGCGAGCUCACCGACCCCAUAUCUACACACAAGAAGAGCUCCUCAAUGACAUCCUACUAGAGGUGAAACUGGAGAUAGCCCCGAUGCAAGGCACCCGCUUGUGCGCAUUCUGGUCCCAGCAGUACCGCUGCCUCUACCCGGGCACUGUGGCUCUCCAUCCCUCCCCCCACCACCACGACCUCGUCUGUGUCGAGUUCGACGAUGGAGACAACGGCCGCAUCCCUCUCGACGACCUGCGACUGCUGCCCAAGGGAUAUCCUGUUGUCGAAUAUGAUCCGAACCCUUUGCUGACGCUGGGUAAGAGAAAGAGGCGCAUUUCAACAGCUAGCAGUGAGAACAGUACUAAGACAAAUAUCACUGCAGAACAAGCUUUGGAGGAAAUAGAUGAAGAACACACUGACGAACCAGAUGAAGCAAUGGCUGAAGAAGAGGAACCAAGACAAGGAGGAGAAGACGAAGAUGACGAAGAAGGCAUGGAAGAACAUCACGAAGAGGAAGCAGCGGAAGUUGUCAACGAACAAGAGAGGAUGGAUGCGGAAUCGGAUGAAGAUGAGGAAGAAGGAGAUCGUAAUAGCGAAGAGAAUGAAAAUGGAUUGAUGAACCGAGUUGAAAAAGAAUCGAAGGACAGAGAGAUAAACAAUGGUGCUAGUGGUAGUGGAGAGACACAUGUAGCAAAUCAACCGACAGUGAAAACUCUUACUGAGGAGGAGGAGAAGGAACGACGUCGUCAGAAGAAGAAGAAACGCGAGAAGCACAGAAUGGAGAUGGAGAGAAGAGAAAGUGGAAGUGGAGGAGAGCACAAAAAGAAGAAGAAACACCGUGAGUGCUGCAAUAAGCCUCACCACCAUCACAAGCAUAAGCACCAUAAGCACAGGCACCAUAAACACCGCCAUUCCUCAGCGGAUAGCAGCGAGACGAACAAAGAAGAAGGAGACGAAAACAAAAUGUCGCCACCAAAAGAGACUGAUGGAACACAAACGGAUAGACCACACUCGAAACCCCUUCAGCAGGCAGACACUACAAACACGAAAGAAUUCAAGAAGCACCGCGACCGUCAAAACAGUGUGGAGGCCGGAAAAGCAAGAUGGCCGCCUUCUUGCCUGCCAAGCAGCUUUGGCAGUGGCUGGGCAAGGGCUAUAAGAGACCGGGAGCCAAGGGCCGUUGUCGCAAAGAGUUCUACAAGUCAAUCCAUCGGGAAAACGAAACUAUCAAUGUUGGCGACUGUGCAGUUUUCCUGUCAACUGGUCGACCAGAUCGGCCCUUCAUCGGUCGUAUAGAGUCCAUGUGGUCGUCCUGGACUCACAACAUGGUUGUCAAGGUCAAGUGGUUCUAUCACCCCGAGGAGACAUCCGGAUGUCCUGAAAAACUGGCAUAUCCGGGCGCCUUAUUCGAGAGUCCGCACAACGAUGAGAAUGAUGUGCAGACCAUCUCACACAAAUGCGAGGUCAUGUCGCUAGAUGCCUACAAGAACUGGCUCAGCCAACACCCAGAGCGAGUCGAAACCAUAUAUGACUAUAACGAUAUCUACUAUUUGGCCGGAUAUUACGACCCCACAAACACCAACCUGACCUUCGAGCCGGAUGUUGAAUAAAUUCUGACAUCUCCGACUCAACCCACGAUUUAUGGAAUCCGAGAUUUAUGGAACUAACCAAGUUUAGAAAUAUAAGUGUCAUCUACGAUAAGUGUCAACUACAUUUUUUAAUUCCGGUGUGACUCAAAUUGUGAGAGUAAGAUGAAGGAAAUUCAACAGUGACAUUCAACUUCUAGGAUUUUACUCAGUGAGUGAGUAUAUAAAAUUAAAUAUGAAUGGCAAGAAUGGAUUCUGUGGCUAGAUUUGUAAAAUUGGGUUGAAAGAUAACUGACUUCGAUAAAUAAAUCUCCAAUCUCCAACAUACGAAUCUAUCAUCUAAAGCUAGGAUAGAAUCAAACAAAGUGUCGUUCAACUUUUCAAAUUAUAUACAACUUUAAAGUUGAAUAUAAUCUAACUUCUAGCAUCUUAAUUUUGCGAGUCACCAUCGUAAAGCUGGGAUGAAUGGGACUUGAAUUUAUUUCGUGCAUCACCAAAACUGAGAGAUUCACACUGUCACCGAACAUAACUUGAUUACAAUCUUACUUCCUGAAUCUAUGAGCCAAAACAUCGUAAAACUUGGUUGAGUUGGACUUGAACUUCAUGUCAUGUAUCACAAAAACUGAGGAAUCUUGCACUGUGGCCGAACAUUGUGGAAUCACCUUGAAUGAAAUCAACUCCAGUGCAAGGUGUAAUGAAACUAGGAUUUUACUCUGCUACUGAGUAUAGUGAAACUUUGAUGAAUGAAAUCUGAAUUCUGAACUAUGUGUCAAUCAAAUUUUUACUCGGUGACUAAGUAUAGAGAGACUAGAAACUACUUAUUCUUGAAAUUGGUUACAACAAGCUCUUAACCUAUUACAUUCGUCGAAUGGAGUUGAUAUGUUCAUGGAAAUGUCAUGAUUGAAUUCUGACUUCAAUGCAUAGUGUCACAGAACUUGUUGAAUUCAACUCAGUAACUUGAAAUUAUUUAGCUAUCAUAAAUGGAACUGUAUAUGAAUCUACAAAAUCAUGUGAUUCAUUGACAUUUGUACAUAAUAUAUGCUAUGAUGAAGAAGUGAUAAUGACAGAAUACUAUGAAAAGUAAGAUGGGUGAUUUUUCAUUAUCGGGUUACGGUUCGCAAACUUGGGUUGUGGGAUGAGUGAAUUUUGUUACGGGCAUUUUUGUUGCAAGUUUUGUAAUCACAUUUAAUUUUCCUACAAUAGAGUCUCGCUCAAUUGUAAUUUAAUAUGUUCAUUUGAUCCUGUUGAUUAGCAUUGAUUAUUAUUAUCAACAGGUAAUAACAUUAUUUGAAGUAAAAAUGAACAGUGUAAUAUUUGGGCUCAUUUAUUGAAAUGUUCAACUUCAAGAUAUCAUAUAAAAUUCUGUAAUUUGUAUGAAAAAAUAAAUUAUAGAUUCCAUAGGAGCUGUUGAAAUAAUAUAGCAGCCUAUAUUUCAGUAAUUAAAUUCGUAGAAGAAUUUGUAUAUUCUAGUUUUGAGUGAAUUCGGUAUGUAACGAGAAAAGCCUGUAUCUAGUCCUAGAGUGAAUUGUAAUAUUCACUCUGAUAGCGGUCUAAUCCAAUUCAAAGUUAAUGAGUAACUCAUUGAUAUCAUGAGAAUUAAUUCAGGAUUUUGGCCUACUACGCUAUCAAUAAAAUUAAUCGGAGGAUUAACGUAUAGAUAUUCAUAUUUAGUAUCAAAAUCUUGAAGAAAUAGCCCAACUAAAGACUGUUUUUGAACUGAAGACAAGUCAUUCAAGUGCCAUAAGCAAUUGACAUAUUAUAAGGCUAUUAAUACAUUGCAGCUAGACUCUAUUUGGGAAUAUAUUUGCUUAUUUAUUAAGUCUUUCACAAAUUAGGUAGAUUCUUACCUAAGAAAUGGUGCAUCUAUUUUAUGGAAUAUAACGUCUAAAAUGUUUCAAUUUAUACUGUAAAUAUAAUACUGUAAUAUCCAUUCUGCUGCAACUGUUACGCUUUCAAUGCUUGUCCUAUUCUACAAUAAUAAGUUAAUUUAAAAAAGACCGAGGGGUCGAUAAUAUUAUAGAAAUGUAGAUUUAGCCGCUGUAAAUUUGAGGCUUCGUAAAUAUCUUUUCAAGGUGCCAAUUUUUUAUUAAAAUAUAUUCGAUGCAUUUCUGUAUGAUUGUUGAUGACUGAAUGAGAAAUAAUGCAGCUUCUUUUCCAAUUAAAGAACUUCAAUAAUAUUAAUGGAUUAAUCAUUAGUAUGCUUAGAGUGUGUACGGUUAAAACUGAACGGUAUUUUUUUGUUAAACUUUUUUCAUAAAUUCUAUUGUAAACUUGUAUAUUUUCUCACAGAAUAAUGCAAAAAUUAUGGAGGGAAUUACGAGUUGAUAUGAAAUUAUAAUGGAAACAAGAAGGCUGAGUAGUGAGACUUUUCAAUAAUUAUGAUAAUAAAAUCAAUUAAUUUUAUUUUGAAUGGACUAAAAGUAGAAAUAAUAUCAGUCAGUAAUUAUUUAUUAUGAAUUUUGACACAAUAGUUGUGAAGGAUUAAACUAAUAUUCAUAUUAUAUACGGUAAUAUAAAAAUAAUUUAUUAUAAUCGAACUUAAUUUUUUAAAGCUGUUAGCUAAUAUUUUGAAGACUUUCGCAGUUAAGAUUGACUAAAAUCUAUAUCCGAUAUUUAUCAUCUUAAAAAUUCAGUCGCUCUUUAAAUUAUCUUCAUACCUCCUUUAAAUUAAUUUAUUAAAUCAUUCUCAAUUCCCCUUGAACUAAUGAGAAAUUUGCAAAUAUUAGUAACUAAAUGACAAACGACUUUUCAUAUCAUUAUUUUGUUUAGUAAAAUGCAGGAAUUAUCAACUUUAAUUCACUCACUGACCAACUAUCAGCUUACAUAAAUUUAAAAUAAAUUUUAUAACCGGCAUGAUUUAUUCCGAAUUUCAAAUAGGUAUGAUAAUACAUCUUUAUUGGUAUUUGAACGAAUGACUAGCCUAAUCAAAUUACAAGGACUUUGAGGACAACCUUCAGCAAAUUUAUUUUCAUAAACUAUUUUUGCAAAAAAUGUCAAUAAUAUCGUUCUCAAAAAGUUUUAUCACAUCAAUAAAAUAUAUCUCAUGUCUUAUAUCGUUGAAUUGUUUUACUUGGUUGUAUGGGACUUUCUCUUUCCUGUAAUUUACGUUCAAUUAUUUAAAAUCAUAUCACUUUGAGGGCAGUAAACAUAUCACAUUUAUGCCUGUGAAAACAUCAAUAUCAGGAAUAUAUGUUAGCUUCUAUUUGAUUCCCACCUUUUAUAAAUUAACUAAAAUCAAUUGACAAUUAGUUUAAUAGUAUAUGUGCAAUCCGUUAAUGAUCACACCUAUUGAAAUAAAACCUGCAUUAAAAAAACGUGUCAUUUCAAAAUGCUUUAAUUAAAAUACGAGCAAAAAUAUUCAAAAAUAUAUUUUUUAUGUAUAUACGAUUACUAUACAUUUUCUAGUCUCUUCAGUUGAGACCACAAUAGGGACUAACGUUUUUCGUGUGUGUGAGAGAGAGUGUAUGUGUGUAUGUAAAUAAGAUGAACCAUUUUUCUUUAAAAAAAUGGUGUUGUUCAUUUUUCUCUAUAGAUUUAAUUUGUAUCUUAUUUGUGUACAUUGAUUCAAUUUUUCUUUACAAUGGUGUAAAUUUUGUAGCAAAAUUGAAAACCGAUAUCUUCUCGAUUAUUCUUUUCAAUAGAAAUGAAUAGCCUACUUGGAAAGAUAACUAACUGUGUUUUUUCAAAAUAUUUUUGACAGUCGAAAUGAUUUUUGAUGACACAAAAUAUGACAGACGAACUAUAAUAAACUUAGGGUUUAUGUGGUCUGUAUUUCAAAUUGUAAAUAAUUGAUGUUAUAUUGUGUAAGAGAUAUUGUUUUCCAAGUUUAAUUUUUCCAACAAUAAUCAACUAAACCUGAAAUGAACAAUGUUGAAUAUUUUUCACAGCAGCCCAGAAUGAAUUUUAUUUUUGAAGGAUCAAUUUACAUGACAGAUUCAUUCAGAGAUCAAAAUUACAUCAUUCAUAGUUUGUGUAAAAUUCCAUUGAACAACGCCAUUUUGUUGAUAAGAGGUGAAAUGUAUUUUAGAAGUAAAUCAAAUAUUUGCUGAUGAAGAGUUGAUUAAUUGAAGAAAAGAAAAAUGGUCAUAUAUAGUAUUCUAGGUACUUGACAAAUUGUGAUAUAGUAAUUAUUUUAUUAAUAACAGUAGAUUUUAGAGGAUAAAUAUUAAUAUUUGUUGUUAACAAUAUUGAAACUAAUGUAAGUACGGAUGAUAUAAAAUAAUUAUGUAUGUGUACUGUAAUAUAAAAAAAUGAAAAUCAAAUUUUAACUGUUGGUAAGAUUAUGAAAUGUAUAAUAAUAUUGUAUACUGAUUACAUUCUGUUUUAAAGUGAAUCUGAAAUGUAUAUACAUUUUUUCCAGUUAUGUAUGAUAUUUUUACGCUUUUUAUAACUUGUUUCAACAUUAGUAAUGCUACUACGCUUUACGUACAGGGUAAAUUCUUUCAGAGAGACAGGCUUUGUCUUUUUAAAUUGUUAAUUUUUAAUAAAAUCACACAAAAAUCAUGUCACAGGUUUGAAUCUACUUUUAGCGAGAGUUAUCGGUAGUUCAAGUUUGGUUGCUUGAUGAAGGACAAUUAUUUUAAUUUUUAUAAUCUGACAACUUCUUUCAGAAAACUACUUUUAAAAUAUGUUGGAAGAAUUUCUCCAUACAUCUUUUAGCAGUGAAGAAAUCAAUUUAUCAUUUUUCAAACGAGAAAUUCUCAAAUUUCACUCAGUUUUUACAAAAAAAAUCUCUCGUUUGUUUAAAGAUUUUGAAUACUCAAUUUACAUUCAAGUGUAAUAAUUAAUUUUGAUUUUAAAUAUUUUACUAUUCAAUUUCGCUUACUCAAUACUCUAGUGCAUUAACUUCUUUAUAUAUUUCAUGUGCUCUUUCCAUAUGAAUUGAAAGCAAUAAUAUUUAAUAGAAAGUUCACAAAUAUAAUUUUUCCAUGAUUAUUGUAAAAAAAUGAAUAAAUAAAAAUUAUUCUGUUAGAACUUUUAUCAUUUAUGUGCCAUAUUCAUUCUUCAACAUUUUCAAAUGACAAUCUGUUCAUCAGUUUUUAUGACAAAGAGGACUAUCAACGCAUAUAUGAGACAGAUACAUUAUGAGAACGUUAGUGAACAUACAACUACAUUCGUAACUAUUACAGAAUGUUUCUCUCGUAAUAUUACAAAAUAUUCAUUCUUUGUAAUAAAUAUUACAAACCUUUAGAAACUGUACCUGGAAAUUUUGUAAAAAGCACAAUAAUUGGAAGCACCUUGCCUAAUACUUUAGAAUAAUCGUGUCUUUUGAUAAUAAUAGUCAGGCUUUGUUGUAGUAAAAUGAUUAUUCUUGAAAAUUUAAUUUCUGAAUUUGUGAUAUAAUUGUAAUAAUGUUAUUAUAUUGUCAAUAGUGACGUAAAUAGUAUCAAGUACAAGAAUCGACAGAAAAAAAGUUUUAGAAUACAUGUUUUUCUAAUAAAGAGCAAUAAAAGAAUCAGUUUAUUUUAAACAAAAAUAUCUGUUUUUUCAAUCAACAUGGAAUCCAUUAUUGUAUCUUCUGAUCAAACUUUAAUGAACAAUAUAAUUUUGAAUUACUACGUUGAAAUCAUUUCACUAGAAUUAAAAAUUCAAUAAUUGCUUUCUUACAUUAAAUAAAAUCGUACUACAAUAGGGUAAAUAUUUAUUUAAUACCACCAUUUUUAAAUAAAAAAUCGAUUUCUAUUUCUUGUUUCCGAAUUCAGAGAAUGAACGUUAAAAUGAACAAAAAAAAAUACUAUAGCUUUUUGAACAAAAAUUAAAUACAGUAAUAGAUUCAAUUAGGUUUUCAUUGAUACUGUGUAUUCUUGUACAUGAGCGACCCACAAAUAAUAGAGAAAUAUUACAAGAUAGAAAAGUACAAGUUUGUCCCCCAGUUGACUCCAAUAAUACCUAAUUCUCAAUGAAACUUAUGUACAUUGACAGAAAAUAAAAAAAAAUGAGAAAAAAUACAAAUCACAUUAUUUUAAUAUAUUUGAUGUGGUCAAAGUAGAUGGAUGAUCUAGUAGUUUUCGAUUAUAUAAAAUGCAUUAUAUUUAUAAAACAGUAAUAAUGUAUUUUGUGUACUUUUUCAAUGGAUGUUGUAGUUUUGAUGGUAAUCAAUUUAUCAAGAUUUUUAGAAAUGUACGUGAAUGAGACAAUGUCAUACAAUUUUAUUAAAUUUAAUCAUGAUUUACGAAUAAUUAAAAAUGAUUUAUCACCAUAAUUCGAUGCAUUUACCUUCUUUGUUGGAAAAUAUAUUAUUUUAAUAUUCAGGUCACCUUUUAUAAGUUGGCCUAUAUUAUUCAAAAUUACAUUCUUUAAUUAUUAUUUAUUUCUUUUUUGUGAUUUUAAUUUUAUGCUUAGAUACAAUUUAUAUGAAAUUAAUGUUCUCUCAAUUCAGUUGAGGUUCAAUUACUGUAGCAUAUGCUGCUAAUCUUAAACGAAUCAAAACUAUUAUUCAGUUUAUUAAUCUUCUUCUACAUUCAAAUUCAUUUAAAAAAUAAUUUUCUAUCCACAUUGUAUGACACUAUCUUGUUCAAUGUACCAGUAGAAAUUGUAGUAUUUAGUUUAACUUGUAAAUAGUUGUCUCGAAUUACUGCUUCGGUGACAUGAUAAUCUAUUUACUUGAAUCUUAUCAUUACUACUAUAAUCUUGUAUUGUAAUUAUUGGAUUAAAAGGUACGCUUAUUACAAUUUAAUAUCAAUUUAAUGUUUGAGAGGCAAGUUACUUGUUUGAUGGAUGAUGUAAAUAAGAUGUUCUCAUUACCAAUCCAUUCCUUUUUGAGAAAAAUUGUAGAAUUUUUUAUUGUAACUUUGAAACAAUUUCAGAGAAUUUUAUAAACACCAAAUCUUAUAAGCUUUUUUUACAACUUCAUGAUCAGAGUUACUAAUUGGAAAUGUUUAUUGAAAUAAUUCAAAAAGUAGAGUUGUUAAUGAAUAAAAAAAAAUUGAAAAUCUUACUACCAGGUAGCCUACUAGUAAAAUUCUUCAUCAGUUUUAGGUAAAAAUUUCCCAUUUAGGUGAUCGAUAUUCCCCCAUAUUAUCAUACUUCUCUAAAACUGCAGCAUCACAAAGCAAUACUGUAUUUCUUAAAUACUGUAUCAAAAUAAUAAUUUCCCAUUUUUUUAGAAACUUUUCUUUUUCAACUACAGUUAUUGUUAAUUUUUUCCUAAAAGCAGCUCUACACUCAAAUCAAAUCCCAGGCAAAUCAAUAUUCGUCAUAAAAAAUGUCUAAAUAUUAAAAGCAAUAAGUAAGCAAGUGCAAAGUAGAAGUUUGAUGUUAAGAGAACACCAAUUUUCUAAUGGAUUGGUAAUGCUCGAUAUGUUUAUUAGAUAUUCAUUAUUUUUAGUGAAUUAGAUGAGAUGGUGAGGUAUGAUGUAAACUUGAUUUGUUUCGUUUUAUUAUGAAAUAAACAUUUAUUAUAAUUGUAAGCAUGAAUUUUAUCAUUCAAUAUGGUUCGUCUAAGAGUUUGUAACAGAUCUGUUUAUCGCAUUUCAUUCUGUUGAAAAAUACUGUUGCAUCUAACAUGAAAUGUGAUGAAUUUAUUUUGAAAUAAAGGUGCUAUAUUCUAUAUUAUUAAA